CGCCCACUCUUUCAAUAAGGACAUAAAUAGGGACGCUCCGCCGUUUAAAUUCGCUCUUUAUACGGUAUAUAUCAAUAACUGCAUUAUCCAGUAUUAGGUUGUCUCUCCUGUUUCACUCUCUACACCUCUGCCGCUAUGCAUCUCCCCUUGGCUACUCUUACUCCUACCCUUCUGGCUGCUGUGACCGCCGUGACAGCUGCAACGCUGCCUGGCAAAUUUACACUUGCCUCGCAAAAUGGGGACUUGGUUCGCACCGACGGUCAGAAUAUCUUCCUUGGUGCGAGAGAAUCAGGCCACCCGAAAUUAGUUUUGUCUAGUAGCUCCGGUGGCGAAGUCACUUAUACUGCAAAGGAACAAACUCCUACCGGCGGUCAAUAUCUGUUCGUUGUGUCCAACGAUGUUGAGCCUGUUGGAUUGACAUCUCCUCACUCGGGCCAACUGCCAGAGGAUGGCCAGAUCUCGAACUUUAGUGUCCGUGACGAUGGCGUCUUUGUACAUGGUGGGAAGCCAUGGUUUGCGGUCGAUCCGGACGUGAUGGGUUCUCGCAAGAUCUUCUGGCUAGGAUUGGGCCACAGCAAGUACCAGCAGGUGCUCCUCUCGGUCAAUGAGUGUGAAGAUUGUUAAACAAUGGGGAACGGAUUAAAGGUUGGCCGCGACAUCAAACCCUCCCGAAAGUCAGAAGACUACCUUCUAGCCUGAGAACGAGGAAGCGAAAGAUGGUGUAUCCGGGCCAUUGUGGGGCAAAGGGGGCAUUGCAGACAUCUUAUGUAACUGAUUCUACAUCAUGGCUCAGGCCUUGAAGGAGCAUUUAUCAACCAACUACCAUUCACUCUUUAAUAAAGCCCAUGUUUGCUGAUCCCGAUUCCAAUACCUGUUUGGCUUGCUUUACUAAACUAUUAAGUUCUCCUUCUAUGUAUAUAGUAACUGGAUAGAGAGAUCUGUAUAUCGCCGAGGGAGUUGGAUUCUAAACCACAACCCACGAGGGUGCGUAUGGACUC